AUGAACUCAUCAUCAAGCAGUCAGCUACUUUAGAAACUCUAAAAUCUAUACUCAGGCAAUAAAAAAACAAGUGAACACUCUGUCUCACCUCUUUAACCUAGACCUUUUGCAUGUAGAGAAAUUAACUAAUUACUUGAGAAAUCAUCUCCUAUUCCUUACUUGUAAGUUAAGAAACAUGAUGUUGAGUAAUGGACAGAAAGAUUGAUUAAGCCUACUGAAAAAGCUUCAUGCUCUUCUUUUACUUAAAAUGAGAAUGUGUUUGACAUUCAUCUAUAGAAAUAUUCUUAAAUUUCAACCAUUUCCUAAUCAACUUUACCUGUCUUAAUGUAAAUAGAGAAGAAGGUGAAACUAUUAAAAUAUGCUAAAGAGAAUGAUCAUAACACAUGUGCAGCAAUAAUUGCAAAAAUGAAGCUUUUCUGUUUAGAUAAUGCACAAACGUGUUAUGACUUUUAUAGAAGUACAGAUCUGAUAUUACUAAAGUAUAUGAUCUUUCUUUUAAUACAAGAACUAAAUUAAAGACCUACUAUUGAGAAAUAAGAAAUUAGUAAUGAUUAAACAUCUUAAUUCUAAUCAAUGGUAAAAGAUAUCGUUAGUAUUGUGUAUGAAAUAAUAGAAGAAAUAAAAUAAAAAUCAUUUGGAGGUUCAUAAAUAGAUAAGUUAAAUAAACAAUUAACUCAAAUUCAGAAUAAAUUUAAGCCUGAAUCUAAUAGUACAUAAAAGUCAAUUAAUAAAUCACAUCAUCAACGGUUUAGUAGCUGUAACUUUGAGAAUAGUAAAACUCCUAUUUCAAAUAAUAAGAGCAAUAAGGAAUCUAAUAUUAGUAGUGAUAAAUUUAAAUCAAGUCAUUAGAAAUAAUAAAAUAAUGUAUCUGGUUCUUAAAAAAUAAUAAAGUUUUAAAUAGAUGAAUUAGAAUAGAAAAAGUAACUUAUAAAUAAAUUAAAUGAAUAAAUUUCUACUUUAUAGAAUAUAAAUAAAUAAUAAUAAGUAUAAAUCUAAGAUUCCAAUUAUUAAAUUACAUCAAUAAAAUAAGAAUUAGAAUUAAAAUAAUAAGAAGUAAAAUUAAUAGAUUUAUUAUUAUUUAGAUUGAAAAAUUAUUAUAAUCUAUUGAAGAAUUCAAAUCUAAAGAUCUAAUUCAUUAAGAAGAAAAAGAAUAAUAUAAUACUUUAUUUCAUGAAUAUGAAAAUGAAAAUAUUUAAUUGAAAUAAAGUUUAUAGCAAUUAUAAGUAUAAUAUACAUAUUAUAUAAGAAUACUUAAGAAAUGUGUCAAUCACAAUUAGAGAAUUACAAAUAGGAAACAUUUGCUUAUUAUUAAGCAUAAUGCAAUUAAAUUUAAUAAAUAAAAGAUAAAGAAAUUAGUCAUUUGAGAAAUGAAUUAAAAGAAAACUAAAUUAACAUUGUAAUCAAAAUUAUUAAUAAUAGAAUCAUUUAUUAGGUGAUGCUUUAUAUUUUGGGAAAUAAUAUAAAAGUCUAGUCGAUAGAAUUGUCAAUUUGAAACCUGAAUCUAUUGCUAAUGAUUUAACUUAAUUAUAAAAGGAGUUAUUUUAUUCUGAAAAUACUCUAAAUGCUAAAUUACAUGCUAUAGCUAAUUUUUCAGAAAAUUUGUAAUUUAAUAUUGCAUCAGAAUCAUUGUCUUAAAGUUAAUGUUCUAAUUAAAAUGGGAACUUAUAUGGAAUACCUAAGUCUAAUAUGCAAUAAUAUAGUGUCAAUAAAAAAAACUGUUCUUAAGAUUAUUUAAUAUCUGCAUAAAAGAAUUAAUUUGAAAUAAUGGAAAUGUUAUUGAUUUAGAGUUAAGUAUUAGAGAAAUUUUUAAUCUGA